AUGGGGUAUUAUGGGAAGGGAAGGCGAUUGAUUGGCUAUUGGGGAAACAAAGCAAAGGCAAUUUUAUUGGCUGUCAGGAAGCAGGAAGUGCCUGAAACUAGUUGCCAUUGCACCGCCUGGGUAGGAGUUUCUACAGCCGACCUGGCUCUCAGUAUUAGACUAGGAAAUUCCCGGGCAGAGGUGUUCCAGGGUCGCCAGUGCGGCUGUUUCGGCCAGCGCCGCUGCUAUGCCCCACGCGGCUGCUUUGUCGGCACCCGGAGCCGCGGUUCUCCUUUGGUUUGGUUUGGUUUGGUUAUUUGUUUUUGUUUUUUUUUUCCACCCCUCCCCCCCAACCUUCCGUGCAGGUGCAAUCGGCGUAGGCGUUCCCUCUGGGAAGAUUCUUUGGCUUCAAGUUGGAGACAGACCCGGAGUCCUCAGGUCUGUCCGCCGCUCAGUGAUGGACAGCCUUCUGGUGGCAACCAUGAAAUAAAUACCUGUAAUUCUUCAGUAAAAGCAAAAAGCAAGGAAUCCUUGUCAUUUGAGGAUGUAACUAUGGGCUUCACCCAGGAGGAAUGGCAGCAUCUGGACCCUGCUCAGAGGACCCUACACAGAGAUGUGAUGCUAGAGAACGACAGCCCCAUCAUCUCAGUAGGAUAUUGCAUCCCUAAACCAGAAGUGAUCUUCAAAUUGGAACAAGGAGAGCAGCCAUGGAUAUUAGAGGAAGAGCUCCCAGGCCAGAAAUACCCAGGUAAGUUAGCAUGUAUUAAGCAGAAAGGAUACCAGUGACAUGGUAUCAAUUCUUCUAAUUCUCAAGAGUUUUCUUGGCCAGGCAUGGUGGCUUAUGCCUGUAAUCCUAAUACUUUGGGAGACUGAGGAGGGUGGAUCACCUGAG